AUGUUAGCACUAAUGCAUAGAAGGAGAAUAGCUUUUUAUAUAUUAAAAGCAACAAAACGAUAGAAAUAAUUGCAAAUCCAAUUCAAAAAUAAAAGAAAUAUUAAAAAUCAAAACACGUUAAUAAUAAGGAGAAGAUUUAAAUAAUAAUAUUUACAAAGGAAAUUAUUAAACUCCCAUUUCCUUAACUUAGAUAUAAAGAUAGAAUUUGUUUAAUUUAAUUAUUAAAAAUCAAAUAAAUUAAUUCAAUAAAAAAAUAAUUCAUAUCACUCAAAAUUAAUUGAGUUUUCCUUAACUCAGAUUUAAAAUUUAAAAGUCAAUCAAUAAUGGAAGAAAUAAAUUAUUAGAAGAAAAAGCAUAUCAAACACCAAAUUUAAAUGA